AUGUCUUUGACUGCUCAAGAAUAUAAAGAUCAAGGUAACGCUGCCUUUGUUGCCAAGAACUACGAUGAAGCCAUUGAGAAAUUUACGAAGGCUAUCGAAGUUUCUGAAACUCCUAACCAUGUUUUAUAUUCUAAUAGAUCUGCCUGUUACACUUCUAAGAAACAAUUUGUUAAAGGUUUAGAAGAUGCCAAUGAAUGUGUGAAAAUCAACCCAACCUGGUCAAAAGGUUAUAACAGAGUUGGUGCAGCUCAUUUUGGUAUGGGUGAUUUGGAUGAAGCUGAAAAAGCUUACAAAAAAGCCUUAGAAUUAGAUUCCUCCAAUAAAGCUGCCCAUGAUGGGUUAAGCCAAGUAACAAGAGCUCAAGAAGCUAGACAUUCUCAACCAGAUAUGGGAUUAGGCAAAAUUUUUAACGAUCCAAAUUUAAUCGAAAACUUAAAGAAAAAUCCAAAAACCGCUGAAAUGAUGAAAGAUCCUCAAUUAGUUGCCAAAAUUUUACAAUACCAACAAAACCCGCAAUCCAUGGGUCAAGAUUUAUUGACUGAACCAAGAUUGAUGACAAUUCUUGGUGUCCUAAUGGGUAUUGAUAUGAAUAUGGACGAUUUAAGUCAAUCAAGCUCUAUGCCAAGAGACCCAAAUGCUACCAAAGAAGCUCCAAAAUCUGAACCAGUUCCAGAACCAAAGAAAGAAACUCCUAAAAAGUCAGAAACAGUUCCAGAACCAAAGGAGGAAGCCUCCACUCCAGAAGACGAAUCAAAAAUUGCAGCUGAUGCUGAAAAAGCCGAAGGUAACAAAUUAUAUAAAGCUCAUAAAUUCGAUGAAGCUAUUGAACAUUAUAAUAAGGCUUGGGAAUUACAUAAUGAUAUCACAUACUUAAAUAACCGUUCUGCCGCUGAAUUUGAAAAAGGUGAUUACCAAACUGCUAUUGAAACUUUGCAUGAAGCUGUAGAAAAGGGAAGAGAAAUGAGAGCCGAUUAUAAGCUUGUUGCUAAAUCAUUUACUCGUAUCGCUAAUUCUUAUAUGAAAUUGAAUGAUAUCAAGAGCGCUAUUAACUAUUAUCAAAAAUCUUUAACUGAACACAGAACUGCUGAGGUCUUGACAAAGCUAAGAAAUGCUGAAAAGCUCUUAAAAAAACAAGAAUCAGAAGCUUAUAUUAACCCAGAAAAGGCUGAAGAAGCUAGAUUAGAAGGUAAAGAAUAUUUCACUAAGGGUGAUUGGCCAAAUGCUGUUAAAGCUUAUACUGAAAUGAUUGCCAGAGAUCCAUCUGAUGCAAGAGGUUACUCUAAUAGAGCUGCUGCUUUAUCUAAAUUAAUGUCUUUCCCAGAAGCAAUCACUGACUGUAAUACCGCAAUUGAAAAAGAUCCAAACUUUAUUAGAGCUUAUAUCAGAAAGGCUACUGCUCAAAUUGCUAUUAAAGAUUUUGUCCCAGCAAUCGAAACUUUAGAUGCUGCUCGUACUAAAGAUGCGGAAUUAAAUAAUGGUGCUAAUUCAAGAGAAAUUGAUCAAUUAUACUUAAAGGCCAAUCAACAAAGAUUCCAACCAUCUAAUGCUAAUGAAACCCCAGAACAAACUUACGAAAGAGCUAUGAAAGAUCCAGAAGUUGCCGCUAUUAUGCAAGAUCCAGUUAUGCAAAGUAUCUUACAGCAAGCACAAACUAAUCCUGCUGCUUUACAGGAGCAUAUGAAAAAUCCAGAAAUUUUUAAGAAGAUCCAAACUUUGAUUGCUGCUGGUAUUAUCCGUACUGCUCACUAA